AUGCCUUCGCGAAAACCGAGCAAGUAUGGAAACAAAUUCCGGUCAGGCGCCGCAUCAUUUAACCCUAAGAGAACGAAGACCGUCGAAUUUUCCUCUCUGCGAUCCUCAGAAGCAACCUCCCAAGAUGAGAAAUUCGAGGCAAUUCGGUUGGCAAACAGCAUCGACGAAAGUCUGGGGUUUCCGCGCUUUGAAGCCGGCGAGAAGAGAGUUGGUUGGCUCAUCAAUAUGCACAGCACGUCAAUAGAGGAUCCGAAUGUCCCUGGAGGGCGUGCCGGUGUCGAUUACUAUUUUCUCGACGACGAUGGCGGCAGCUUCAAAGCAACUGUCGAAUACGACCCUUAUUUCCUGAUUGCAGUAAAGACGGGCCAUGAGGCAGAAGUCGAGGAAUGGUGUCGGAGGAUGUUCGAAGGGCUCAUAAAGAAAAUCAAAAGGGUUGUGAAGGAGGAUCUCAAGUUACCAAACCAUCUACUCGGGCAUCGGAGAACUUUUCUUCAGUUGGACUUUGCCAAUGUGAGCCAUCUGCUUGAGGUGCGGAAGACCCUUUUGCCUCUAGCAGAAAAGAACAGGAAGAAUGCACGACCUAAUGGCACCACUAAUGCGAGUGAUUUUAUAAUUGAUAUUCGAGAAUACGAUGUUCCGUACCAUGUUAGAGUGGCGAUUGAUAAAGACAUUCGGAUAGGAAAAUGGUAUACGGUAGAGGCUACUCAUGGCAUUAUUUCAUUGACUUGCUUGGAAGAACGACUUACAAGAGCGGAUCCAGUCGUCCUCGCUUUCGAUAUUGAGACCACAAAGCUCCCACUCAAAUUCCCAGAUUCCGUAAUCGACCAGAUUAUGAUGAUAUCCUAUAUGAUUGAUGGGCAAGGAUUCUUGAUCACGAACCGGGAAAUCGUCUCGGAGGAUAUCGAUGACUUCGAAUACACUCCCAAACCUGAAUACAGUGGUCCGUUUAUGAUUUUCAACGAGCCAAACGAGCGGGCUGUUAUCGAGAGGUUUUUUGAACAUAUAAAGGAAGCGAAGCCGACGGUGAUAGCCACAUACAACGGUGACUUCUUCGACUGGCCUUUCGUUGAAGCUAGGGCAAGCGUUCUUGGUAUCGACAUGUACAAAGAAAUCGGCUUCCGGAAAAACAGCGAAGACAUCUACCAGAGUGACCACUGCGCGCAUAUGGACUGUUUUGCAUGGGUUAAUCGUGACAGUUAUUUACCUCAGGGUUCGCGUGGUUUGAAGGCUGUUACAGUCGCGAAGCUCGGUUAUGAUCCCGACGAACUUGAUCCGGAACUCAUGACGCCCUACGCAAGCGAACGUCCUCAGACGCUGGCCGAAUACUCUGUUUCCGAUGCCGUCGCUACGUAUUAUCUCUACAUGAAAUACAUUCAUCCCUUCAUUUUCUCCCUCUGCACGAUUCUCCCACUGAAUCCCGAUGAUACGCUGCGCAAAGGUACAGGAACACUAUGUGAAAUGCUGCUUAUGGUUCAGGCAUAUAAGGGGAAUAUUGUCUUGCCAAACAAGCAUAAAGAUCCUCCAGAAGCGUUCUACGAGGGUCACCUACUUGAGUCUGAGACAUAUGUCGGCGGACACGUGGAAAGUAUUGAGGCUGGAGUGUUUCGAAGCGACAUUCCCGUGCCCUUCAAUAUUGAUCCAACCGCCGUAGACGAAUUGCUCCGGGAUCUCGAUGCAGCGUUAAAAUUCAGCAUUGAAGUCGAAGAGAAGAAAUCUUUGGACGACGUUACCAACUACGAGGAAGUAAAGGGACAGAUCGCCAAACUCCUGACGGACCUCAGGGAGAAUCCUCAUCGGAAUGAGGUCCCGUUCAUCUACCAUCUGGAUGUUGCAUCUAUGUAUCCGAAUAUUAUGAUCACAAAUCGACUACAACCUGACUCAUUGAUCCAAGAGUCAAACUGUGCUGCUUGCGAUUUCAACCGUCCAGGAAAGACAUGUGAUAGACGUCUCCCAUGGGCCUGGAGAGGUGAAUUUCUUCCAGCCAAGCGAGACGAAUACAACAUGAUCCGGCAGGCAGUUCAAAACGAGCGCUUUCCGGGCAGGACGAAGAAAAGCCCUAUGAGGGCGUUUACUGAGUUGAGUGCCGAAGAACAGGCGGCCAUCGUCAAGAAGCGGUUGCAAGAUUACAGCAAGAAAAUCUACCACAAGAUCCACGACAGCAAGACAAUGGUUCGGGAGGCCAUCAUUUGCCAACGGGAAAACCCAUUCUAUGUGGACACUGUGCGUAGCUUCCGAGAUCGAAGAUACGAUUUCAAGGGAAAGCAAAAAGUGUGGAAGGGAAAAACCGAGUCAUUGAAAUCAUCAGGCGCCCCGGCCGCAGAGAUUGAAGAGGCGAAGAAGAUGAUUGUUUUAUACGACUCCCUACAGCUUGCUCACAAGGUUAUCCUGAACAGUUUCUAUGGUUAUGUAAUGCGGAAGGGCUCUAGAUGGUAUUCUAUGGAGAUGGCCGGUGUCACCUGUCUCACUGGUGCUCGUAUCAUUCAAAUGGCGAGAGAACUUGUCGAACGUAUUGGUCGGCCGCUGGAGCUAGACACGGAUGGUAUCUGGUGUAUGCUUCCAGGAACAUUCCCUGAGAAUUUCUCUUUCACACUCAAAAAUGGCAAGAAACUCGGCAUUUCCUAUCCAUGUGUCAUGCUGAAUCAUUUGGUCCACGGAAGCUACACAAACCAUCAGUACCAGUCCCUUGCCAACCCGGCGACAUUUAGGUAUGAGACACACAGCGAAAACUCGAUCUUCUUCGAAGUCGAUGGACCGUACAGAGCAAUGAUCCUGCCCACUUCUAAAGAAGAGGACAAGAACUUGAAGAAGCGUUAUGCUGUUUUCAACGACGAUGGCUCUUUGGCAGAACUAAAGGGUUUCGAGGUCAAGCGACGAGGAGAGCUGAAAUUGAUCAAGAUUUUCCAGACUCAAAUCUUCAAAUUUUUUCUCGAAGGUACAACACUGGCUGAAACGUAUGCCGCAGUGGCUCGGGUGGCUGACAGAUGGCUGGACGUACUGUAUGAGCAUGGAGCUACGUUGGCUGACGAAGAGCUCAUUGAGCUUAUUUCCGAAAACCGAAGCAUGACGAAGACUCUCGAGGAGUACGGAAAUCAGAAAUCAACGUCAAUUACCACCGCGCGACGUUUGGCAGAGUUCUUGGGUGAGCAGAUGGUCAAGGACAAGGGUCUCAACUGCAAGUACAUUAUCUCAGCUAGACCGAGGAAUACACCUGUCACAGAGCGAGCUAUUCCAGUGACUAUCUUCUCUGCCGAGGAUAGCAUCAAGCGGCACUUUUUACGAAAAUGGCUCAAGGACGACCCUGGUGACAUGGAUCCUCGAAGCGUUAUUGACUGGGACUACUACCUGGAGCGGUUGGGGUCAGUGGUACAGAAGCUUAUCACGAUUCCGGCUGCGCUUCAGAAGAUUCGCAACCCUGUCCCUAGGGUAGCUCACCCAGAGUGGCUGCAGCGGAGAAUCAACAAGCAGGAUGAUAGAUUCAAGCAGGUCAAGAUGACUGAUAUGUUUGGGAAGUCUGAAAAGAAUCCGCUCUCUGAUAUCUCCACCAACAUAAUUGACCACCGCGUUCAACAUGCUGAUAACCUCGAUGAAGCAAUGGCAGAUUCAAUGGAAAAGCUGAAAUCCUCGUCUCCCCAAAAGGCGUCUGGUAAGCGAAAACAUCCGGAGAACCAAACGAAAACUUCCUUGGAUCCCUUUGCCAGUCUGCCAGCGAAAAUGCCAUCCAUAGACGAUGACUAUGUCGGGUUCCUGAAGUAUCAAAAGCAGAAAUGGAAGAUCCAGAAACAAGCUCGACUUCGCCGACGACAACUCUUUGGUGAGAGGGCAAACACGGGAGGAGAUUCCCUGAGUCACCUCUUUAGGAACCAAGCUGAACUGCUGUAUAUUAGUACAUGGCAGGUCUUACAGCUCGCCGAGACGUCUAGACCUGGAAUCGUACGGGCAUUUGUAUUGAUUGACCGCAAGAUACAUGCUCUUACAAUCAAGGUGCCUCGAUGUGUCUAUAUCAACCUGAAGCAGGACUCUCUUCCUGAUGUGGAAGUUCCUGAAUGUGAGGUGGAGAAGGUCAACCAUACGCUACCAAACGGACAUCCCUCUGUGCAUCUGUUCAAGCUUACUUUGUCCGAGGAAACUUUCUUACGGGAAGCGGAUAAGAUCCACGUUCUGCUGCAACACCCAAGCGUUGAAGGGGUCUACGAGAGGAAUAUCCCUCUAAACCUCAGAGCAGUCUUGAAGUUGGGCAGCAUAUGUACCUUUGAUGAAGCACAGCGCGGAGUGCUUGGAGAUGGAUUAGAACGAGGAUUCGAUCUUUCGACAUUAUGCCGUACAAGCUCAGAACAACAGUACCUACAAGACUCACCCCUGGCAUAUCAUUUUUUGUAUCAUGUGUCAUCUGGGGAAAAGCAGAUCUUUGCCAUCUUUUCGAGUACGAAGAACGAAGCGCACAUUGUUAUACUCAACCGCGCCAGGGACGUUCAAGGUCUUCCCAACGUCGACAAAAUCUACUCGGAACUUCUUGCACGCAAGUUGCAAGGACAGGGGGAUCAGGCAGAGGGUGCAUUCCAAUAUCAAGAGAAGAUUCAUUUCCGAACCACCCAAAUCACGACAAGAAGAAAGGCAUACUUGGAAGUAAGCGAUUUGAUCAAGAAGCUGCGGAACGAUGAGAGCCUUCCAGCUAUUAUGAUCAUACAAUCACAACAAAGAAGUCGCCUCUGCCAUGAUAUUCCGAUAUUGAAAGAAUAUCCGAUUCUCUCGGUGAAACCAGAGGUUUCGGACAUGAAUCUGCCUCCUUUAGGUUGGCAGUCUUUCAUUGCCAAGAGACUUGUGACGCACUAUCUAUACCUCUCAUCCUGGGUUCAACAUCUUACCAUGCUCGCCAGAUACGGCGAUGUUCCGCUCUGCAAUCUCGAGAGUGAUGAUCCUCGAUUCCUGAUCGAUAUCUCAUACGCCAGGCGGCUCCAACAGAAUAAUGUUGUUUUAUGGUGGUCCUCAACCGCGAAACCAGACCACGCAGGAUACGAGAAGGAUGACAUUACUGGUCCAUUGGAGAGGGUUGGCAUGCCAUGUGUCAAUGUUCCAGGCUCUUAUACUACUGUCUGUGUUGAGCUAGAGGUCCGCAACCUCGCCAUUAACACCAUUCUCACUUCCUCCAUCAUCAAUGAAGCGGAAGGAGCCGACUCGCUUCUAGCCCCGUCUGAUCCGUCCGCCGAAAGUAGCGGGUCUGGAGUUCUUUACUCUGAGAAGGCGUUUGCAUCAGCCGGUGCGGUUGUGCUACGCGAGAUGGUGAAGCACUGGUGGUCAGAAGCGUGUCAAGGAAAUAACAUGGCCGAUAUCAUGGUGCAACACCUGAUCCGAUGGGUAGAGAGCCCAGCGUCGUGCCUUUACGACCGCUCGUUGCACCAAUACGUGCGGAUGCUGUCGAGAAAGUCUUUUCAGCAGCUUAUGGCUGAAUUCAGGCGCGUCGGUUCAAAUGUCGUCUUCGCCAGUCCGACCCGUCUCUUGCUCCAGACUUCCAAGACAGAGGUAGGCAACGCCUAUGCAUACAGCCAAUACGUGCUGAAGUCAAUUCGCGCCAAUCCGUCAUUCCACUUUAUCGAUCUUGAUAUCAAGGAAUACUGGGACUACCUGGUCUGGUACGACGAGUACAACUACGGCGGCAAGGGCUGUCAGGAAGUCGCAGAGACGGAAGAACAGCCACUGGAAACCGUCAUGCACUGGCAGCUUAGCCGCUUUCUACCUACACCGAUGCAGACCAUCUUUCACGACUGGGUUGUCGAGUACAUCGAACUCAUGCACAGCUUCAAGCGACCAGAAAGUGACGACUCAUCAACUCCACGCUUGACCCAGAUUCCCAUCGGACAACCGGAACCCGGCCAAGAGAACGAGGAACUUUCCGCAGCCCUAUCAGAUAGAUUCUCCAAACCGCUAAAGAAACAAAUCUCGGGUCUCAUCCGUCGUCAGCGCGAAGAACUAUUGCAUCCUGAGCUGGCAUCCGAUUACGUCUUCCCCAUCCUUCCGGGCGUCCUCACAGACCCCAAUGAGGAAAAGCGCAACCCUGUCCUUGAACUCGUCAAGCUCCUCAUGCAGGUUCUCAGUCUAUCCAAGACGACGGCGCUUGAAACCCGCCUCCUCCGCCGUGAAUUACUCGCCCUCUUCGAAGUCCGCGAGUUCAGCAAAGAAGGCCGCUUCGAAAAUCCAGGCAGCAGUCUCAAGAUCCCCGAACUCACUUGCAGCGCCUGUUGUCUAAUUCGAGACCUCGAUCUCUGCCGGGACGAAGACGUCCUCCCCGAGCGUGGCUCUGGCUCUGGCCCCGACAGCGCUACCUCUUCCCGACCAUGGUGCUGCCCCUUCUGUCAAACUGAGUAUGACCGCCUCGCACAGGAGGAGAUGCUCAUCGGCCAGGUUUGGGGAAUGGUCGUUGCGUGGCAGACGCAGGACCUCAAGUGCUCGAAGUGUGGGACUCUAAAGAUCAGCGAGUUUAUGGAGCAUUGCUCGUGUAGUGGGCAGUGGACAGAGACAAUGAAUCGGGCUGAUAUAGAAAAGCGCCUGAAGGUUUUGGAAAGUGUGGCGAAGUUCCAUGAGUUGAAGUUGCUACAGGUGGUUGUUGAGGAGGUUCUGUCCCAGACAUGA